AUUUCAUGUGGACUUUGAUGACGCAAGAGUAAAAGUCUCUCCAUUCUCUAAAAUGGAAGAUACAUUUUCUUAUUUCUAUUAAAAAGAUUGCACAUAUUUCAGGAUUCCUGACUGAAUUAUCGCAUUAAUCAUGUUCGAGGCUGUUUACCCAGCAUCCACCGAUGUUGGGCGCACUAAUAAAUAAAUAAGUCGCGAGACCGAGACUGCUGAUGUCAGGAGCUUCAGUGCUGCAUUUACUGCUGCAGGGUGGACGGAUUCACACAUGCAACAUGCAGACCGUCGUGAUCAUAUCGGCGCUGGUGUUAUGCCUGGCAUCUUCAGGGAACGCGGGGAAAAAGGUGUUUAAAUGCCCUUCCUCGUGCAGCUGCUCCAAGGAGUCUAUUAUCUGCGUCGGGUCUUCGUAUGUCUUGCGAUUCAUUCCCAACGAUGUCAGUUCACUGAGUAUUGUGAAUGGGACCUUCUCUGAGAUCAAGGAGGCGAUGUUCUCACACAUGCCAUCUUUACAGUUACUGUUGCUGAACUCCAAUGCUCUCACUACAAUACGGGACGAUGCAUUUUCUGGCCUUCCGCACCUGGAGUACCUGUUUAUAGAAAACAACAAGAUUGAAACAACAUCAAAAUACUCUUUCAGAGGACUUAGGGAUUUGACUCAUCUGUCUUUGGCAAACAACAACAUUAAAGCUUUGCCCAGAGAUCUAUUCACUGAUCUGGACUCACUGAUAGAGCUAGACCUGAGGGGCAAUGUGUUUGAGUGUGACUGCCGAGCGAAGUGGCUGAUGAUGUGGUUAAAGAGCACGAACGCCACUGUAUCAGACGUCCUCUGCGCCGGUCCCGAGGAGAUGAAGGGGAAACGGCUCAAUGACAUGACGAGCUUACAUAACGAAUGCGUCUCUACAGAUUUCAUUCCUCUCCACUCUGUGUCUACCGAGUCAUUGUCUGUGGACACAUUCUCCCACAAGAAUGACGUGUAUGUGGCCAUCGCUGCUCCCAACAUAGAGAGCUGCAUGGUGCUCCAAUGGGACCACAUCGAGAUGAACUUCAGGAGUUAUGACAACAUCACAGGUCAGUCCAUAGUUGGCUGCAAGUCUGUGAUCAUCCAGGACCAGGUGUUUGUCAUCGUUGCUCAACUCUUUGGGGGUUCCCACAUCUACAAGUUUGAUGAAGACCAAAGCAAGUUUACAAAGUUUCAGGACAUUGAGGUUUCCACGAUUUCCAAGCCGAAUGACAUUGAGGCAUUUCAGAUUGGCAACGACUGGUUCUUCAUCAUCGCUGACAGCUCGAAGGCUGGACUGUCUACUCUCUACAAAUGGAAUGACAAGGGCUUCUACUCCUACCAGUCGCUUCAUGAAUGGUUUCGUGAUACAGAUGCAGAGUUUGUGAAUUUGGACGGUAAGGCCCAUCUUAUCCUAGCGAGCCGUUCCCAAGUACCGGUCAUUUACCAGUGGAGCAGGAGCACUCAGAAGUUUGCCUUGCAAGGGGAAAUCCCAAAUAUGGAAGAUGUAGUCGCUGUCAAGACCUUCAGGAUCAAGGAGGAUCUUUAUCUGGCCAUGACCCGAUACAUCGGCGACUCCAAAGUCUUGCAUUGGACUGCAAAGGAGUUCUCAGAGGUCCAGGCCCUUCCUUCGAGAGGCUCCAUGAUCCUGCAGCCAUUUUCCUUCAAAGAAAGGUACUACCUGGCUCUGGGAAGCGACUACACCUUCUCGCAGAUCUAUCUGUGGGAUGCAGAAGAGAAGGUUUUUGAGCGUUUCAAGGAAGUCUACAUCCAGUCUCCUCGCUCCUUCACUGUGGUCUCCACUGACCGGAGGGACUUCCUAUUCGCAUCCAGUUUUAAGGGCAGCACACAGAUCUUUGAGCAUAUCAUCAUUGAUCUCAGUCUUUGAGUGGUACAGUAUAGAUGACACAGUUGCAGUUA